CUUAUUUUGUCGUGUUUGUUCUCUGACCGAAAUGGAAUGUUCGGUGCCUGAGUGGAGCAAAAGGAAGAAAAGGAGUCGGCAGAUUUCCCCAGAAUUUGGUUUCCUUUGAAUUGGGGAAUAAACUUCGGCUCCGUUUGGUUUGACGAUUCAUGGCUGUUUUAAUCUUUUUUCUCUCUGGCUUAGUCUCUUCUUUUCUGACCCUCGGAUCGCUGUUCUCCGCUUGGUUGAGUCGGGAAGGUUGCUUUUUUCCCCUCAGGACCUGUGAGAUGAUGUGUGCCUUAGAAUAGUGCCCCGCGGCCUUGAUGUCUGGGCAAUGGGAUCGUCGAAUAAGCGCCCCACGGACUGAAGAUGCGAUCGGUGGUUUUGGUCCCCGCUAAGGAAAAGCAUACAAGGUUCGGGUUUCAGCGACACCGCGCAACCAUCGGUGAAGCACCGUUUCCAAGCGAAGGCCCAUCAACACGGGAAGUUUCUCAUCCAACAACAUCCUUAAGGGGGCGACAAAAAAGAGGGGUAUUUGUUCCCCCGUCUCACAUUUCUGAGACAUGAUGCUCAGAUCGUGCUCUUUGCCUAUGACGCCAUACCCUCCCUCUCUCCCUUGAUGAUGAUAUGGAAAAGCAAUGGGAA